AUGCACGCGUUCGACCAGAACGAUCAACUUUGCGAGGGAUCUGCGCAAAGCCAAGGCGAUCGUAUGGACGUUACAGCACACUACACUCCCAGAUAUAAUCGCCCCCCACUUUGGAGUCUGCCCGGUUUCAGAAAUCCCGGCACCGGCGUGCACUCUCCAACGUCCGUUCCUUCACCCUCGCUGGAAUCAUCGUCGUCCAUGACGCACCCAGCCACUGAUCAGCCAGCAAAUGUCAUCGAGCAGCCAGCACACACCCAACGACCCAGCCCGAAGCGCGGGUCGCUCGACAACUUCAUUCAACAACCUCCCGAAAGCACUGCGAAGCACUCAGAUGGCACUUACGAGCGUCUGGAAGCCGAGAUCGUCGAGCUGGCGCAGGCACUCCUGCAGAAGGAGAAUAGCCUGCAAGCAGCCAACAAAUCAAUCCGUGACCUAGCAGCCUGGACACUGAGGGAGCGAACGCGCCUGAUGACUACCGCACUACAACAACGUCCCCUGCGCGAAGAUUACGAGGGUAUGCUGCGUCGCCGAGAUGAGCAGGUCGUGCAUCUUCUGGCCUUGCUCCAGGAAUCCAAGCUGGACCACGCACGAACGCUGGUGCGAGAAGGCGCGUUCAUAGGCCGUCCUGCGUCAAAAGAGAGUGUGCAAAGGGUCAACCAGAUGAGGACGAAAGUCGGACUGCCGCCGAUAAAUCAGGAUGGCGCCCUUGAGGCAGUCACUGCGGUUAGCGCAGCCGACGAUGCGGUCACGCAAGACCUGGGGAUGAUUCUCAAUAAUCAUCAAUAUGCAACGGCGUGGAAUGGCGUCUACGGCGAUACGCUUGGUAACAACAGGCGUGAAAGUCAGCCUACCGAGGACGAGGAGGGUGCAUACUCGCCUCCAGCCUUCCUACGUGCUACGUCAGUCCUUGGCCAAGUUGACGAGAUGAUUGCGGAGGAGCAGGGUAGACUGGCCAAUGCUUGGGUGUGA